AUGAGCGGCCUAUUAACAAACAGGCAGGCCGAGGAACUGCACAAGUCGAUCAUUGCGUACUUGACCGGCAAUAACUUGCCCACGACGGCCGCGACGCUCAGGGGGGAGCUUGGAGUGGGAGAAGAUGUCCUCGACGCCGAAAAGACGGCAAAAUACCAGUCGCUGCUGGAGAAGAAAUGGACCAGCGUAGUGCGUCUGCAGAAGAAGGCAAUGGACCUCGAAGCCCGAAACAAUGCGUUACAAUCCGAGCUAGAGAGCACGUCACACGCAGCCCGCGCCAAGCGCAACCAAGAUCCGACCGACUGGCUCCCACGAGCCCCUACCCGGCACACACUCGAGUCCCACCAAGCCAUCGUCAACUGCCUCGCCUUCCACCCGACGUUCUCCGUCCUGGCUUCGGGGUCCGACGACUCCACCAUCAAGAUCUGGGAUUGGGAGCUGGGCGAGCUAGAGAGAACACUCAAGGGACACACAAGAGCCGUGUUGGAUGUGGACUACGGCGGGCCCCAAGGCGGUACCCUCCUCGCUUCGUGCAGCUCGGACUCGGCCAUCAAGCUCUGGGACCCGGCGGAUGACUACAAGAACACCCGGACGUUGACAGGCCAUGAACACAGCGUCAGCGCAGUUCGGUUCAUACCCGGGCCAGGGCCGACGAACCUCCUCGUCAGCACAAGCGGAGACAAGACGCUACGGCUCUGGGACAUCUCCACGGGACAUUGUGUUCGGACCCUCCAGGGCCACACUGGCUGGGUUCGAGACGUGUGUCCUUCACCUGACGGACGAUACCUCAUAUCGGCCGGGACGGACCAAACGGCCCGGCUGUGGGAUAUUUCCGCCGGAGCACCACCAGAAAGCAAGGUAGUCAUGACCGGCCACGAUAACGGCAUCCGGUGCUGUGCCUUUGCCCCGGCCGCGUCCUACGCGCAUCUCGCCAAGAUGGCCGGGCUCAAAAAGCCCCCCUCAGCGACUAGCACAGCCGAGUUCAUGGCCACUGGCUCCCGGGACAAAACUAUCAAGCUGUGGGACGCCCGGGGUAUCUGUUUCAAAACGCUCAUUGGGCACGACAACUGGAUAAGCGGACUAGUCUUCCACCCGGGCGGGAAGUACCUGCUGUCCGUCGCCGACGACAAGACGCUGCGGUGUUGGGAUUUGAGCCAGGACGGGAAAUGCGUGAAGGUGCUGGCGGACGCGCAUGGUCAGUUUAUCACUUGUGUGCGGUGGGCCCCGGGAGUGGUGACGAAGACGGGGCCGGAGCAGGGUGGUGAAGGGGGAGGGUCGGUGUUGGAUAAGAGCAAGGCUGGUGGUGUGUCGGAUGUGCAGAUUCGUCGGCUGAUUGCUACGGGGAGUGUGGAUAAGUUGGUGAGGAUUUUUGCUAAUUAG